AUGUCGAACAGUUUAUCCUCCUCUCCCACUGUUAAGCAGAGCAGUUGGUACAAAUCCAACGAGGACUAUGUUUACGUUCGUGGUCGUGGUCGAGGGAAAUACAUCUGCGAGGAGUGUGGCAUCCGCUGUAAGAAACCCAGCAUGCUGAAGAAACACAUCCGAACGCAUACCGACGUCCGGCCGUACGUCUGCAAGUUCUGCAACUUUGCCUUCAAAACGAAAGGAAACCUGACGAAGCACAUGAAGUCUAAAGCUCAUAUGAAAAAGUGUCUGGAGUUGGGAGUCUCCAUGUCUUCUGUUGAGGACAAUGAGGCAGAUGAAGGAGAUGUUGGAGAUGAAGGCCAGAGGUCUGAAAAGAUGUCCAGAGGUGCCAUGGCCAACCACCAGUUCUCAGAUGCAGACGACUCUGAUGGUGGAGAGGAAGACGGCGAUGAGGUGGAUGAUGAAGAAGACGAAGAGGAUGACUAUGAUGGCGACUCCACUCCAAAGACCCGUUCACGCUCCACCAGCCCGCAGCCUUACAGCCUGCCCUCCAUGUCAAUCACAGCUCGUCUGACCUCCUCGGCAACACCAACAAGCCUCCGCUGUUUGGCUACUUCACCACCGUGCCGAGUAUCCAGAUCACACCGCAGGCUCCGCCCAGUGACCCGGCCGGGAGGGAGCGCAGUCAGGCAGUACCAGCGAAGCCUGCAGCGGGCGCUGGGUGGCAAGCUACUGGUUCCACCCUCCUCCUCCAUGGAUGAAGACCUCCCCGUCCCCUCCCCAGACCUCUCCUCCCCCUCCUCCCGCCUGUCCUCGCCCGGGCUGGACCACUCCGGCUGCCCGUCCCCCAUCUCUCCUUCAUCCUCACCUUCAGCCCACCGAUACCUCUCCCCACGCCGCGACCUCUCGCCCCACGCCGGACACCUCUCACCCCGGCGGGACAUCUCUCCUCUGCGUCACAUCUCCCCCAAGAGGGACCUGGGGGUAUCAGGGGGAUACAGACGAGACCUCUCCCCCAGGAGGGGACACCUCUCGCUGCUCUCCCCACUCUCUCGGCCUACGUCUCCAGCAGGGAGAGACUACAAGCGCGACCUUUCACCACGAGGCCGCCACAAAGGGAUGAUCCGGCCUGUUUCUCCUCGCCGAGGGCUCCACCAACAUCUCCACCACCAGAGCCAGCAGAGUGGAUUGCGGGGCCUCAGGGCAGGUCACCAGGCCGGGGUGUUGGGUCAGGCAGAGCUGGACCCUCUGGGAUGUCGCAGAGGCAGCGCAGAGAUGGAGACGGAACAUCGUCAGGGUUCAAAGUCCCCAGGGGAACAGGACCAGAGCCGCAGUAACCAGUGCAGCCCACCUCACCAAGUCUUGUUCAGUCACCUUCCUCUCCAUUCUCAACUCCAGGUGCGUUCGCCGUUCCCAAUGAUCCCCAUCGGAGGGAUCCAGAUGGUGCACUCCGUCCCUACGUCCAUCACCACCCCUCUGGCCCAGCAGGGGGCGCAGCAGGUCACAUCCCGCCUGGUGCUGCAGAAGAGUACAUCAGAGGACUCCAACACCAGCGAGUCCACUGGCCCUCAUUUCGCCUCCUUCACUGAGAGGGGAGUUCGAGGAGGAGGAGUAGCAGGAGCAGGUGAGAGGCUGAGGGAGUUGAACUCACCUCAACCCUCAUCGCAGGAGAGGGAAGGAGGAGGAGUGAGGCAUGAGCAGGAAGAGAGCAUCCACACCUGCACCAAAGCCAUUGCCUCGCUGUGCAUCGACUCGGAGGAGCUCGCCGAGAGAGGAGGUAGAGGGGAUAAAGGAAAAGAUGGAGGCAGAGCUUCUUCCUCCUCUUCCUCUCCUUCUGCGUUGUCCCCCAACUCCCAGCAACAGCAGCGCUCGCCAUCCAUCUCCAUGUCGCCGCCAUCUCCUCACCCCUCACCAUCUCCUCCACAAGGUCCCGGGAUUCAGCACUUUAGCGGCCUGGAGCUCAGGCCCCCUUACCCAUCAAUCCCCGCCUCCCCUCACUCCUCUUCCUCCUCCUCCUCCUCCUCGCAUCCUCCCAGCCCCGCAUCUGAAACCCUCCAGCCUCCAACAGCGUCCAAACCUCUCCAUCUGGAGAGAGAGAGGGAGGUAGAAAGCAAAAAGAAGCAAAGAUGUGUCGUAGGGCUGCAGAAGAACAAGAGGAGCAGAAACGAUGGACGAUCGUUUUUUUUGUUUGUUUGUUUUU